AUGCUAGUCCUAGGCAUAGCUAAGAGAGAAUUGAUGAAAAAUGAUAUGGAAAUAUACAACAUAACUGCUAAAUACUUUGACACCUAUUCUAUUUCUGGACUAGAUACUAUUUCCACUACUUCUUAUGAAGAAAAUGCUGUUUGGGGUGAUGACAUUAAAACCUACGGAGAUGUUCAAAAGGCUAUGGGAAUGUGGCAUUUCAUAGGAAAUAAAGACAGUAACCCAUAUAAUCUUACUUUGUAUAAAGAUCCUAUGGCUGACUCAGAAAAUGCCUUAAACGCAUAUGCUAAUAUUGUUAAAACUUUGACUAAUAAAAAUUUCGUUGGCAAAAUUACUGAAUUCAAAGUGAGUAUGUUGAAAAUGCUUGUUCAUCUUGUUGGGGAUAUUCAUAUGCCUCACCACACUGGUACCUAUUACAACAAAACCUUUGUAAAAGAAAAAGGAAAAGAUAUCUAUUCUGGUGAUAAAGGAGGUAACAAAUAAAAAAUUCAGUUCUACACUUCAACUGGUAAAAAAGAAAAAACAGAUAUUCAUUUCUACUUUGACUCAUCUUGCUUCUUUUACACCUGGACUAGCAGACUAGUAAGACCUUUAAACGAAACUUUCAAAAUCUACUUCGAAAGAGAACUUGAAAGAAUUAUGGCUCAAUAUCCCAAAGAAUCUCUCAAUAUCAAUUACACAUAAACCUUUGACGACUGGGCUGAAGAAAGCUGGAACAUAGCUUUAACUGAUAUUUAUCCAUUCUUGAUGUAAAAUAAUGUAAUUCGUUAUGGAGAUGCGUUUUACAAUAGCAGCUUCAAUAUGAUUUAAAAGAGAAUUGUUGUUGCUGGGUAUAGACUUGCCCAUAAUUUAUAAACUAUUUUUGCUGCUGAAAAAGGAAAGAUAGAUUUGAGUACUUCCCUCUCAUAUGAAAGUGAAAAGACUACUAUUAUCAUUAAUAAUCAAAUUCCUCUCGAUAAUAAUACUUCCACUCAAUAUGAUUCUAAUAAAGUUAUGGCAGUUAUUUUUGGAGUCUUAUUUGGAUUAACACUAACUUCAUAUAUAAUUUUUAUGAUUUACUUUAAAAUAACUUAUUCUGCCAUAAAGUCUUAAAAUAAAAUUUCAUCAGAUUUCUUUAAUGCUAAGAAUGGAAAUAUGCAAAAAAUUCCAAGCACUGAAACUAAUGAAUAUAAAGCUUGA